AUGUCAUCGCCAGGUCCACGGUCGUUGUUUUCUCCGUCCUUAGAACCUGACAAACGGGGACUGAUCCUGGAUUCGCCGGCAUCCUCGAGGAUUGAUUCCAGCUUCGAGCCGACAUCAGCGUCAUCGACACCUCAACAGUCUCGUUCUCCCAGGUACUUCACAUCCGUGACUGCAGAAACUAAAAACCACCAAAGACAAGAGCUCAUCGACACUCUAGACAGCAGACAACAACCGUAUUCCCGAUUCGACGUCGAGCCGGAAUAUAAACAGCGUCUUCCAAACACUCACGUCGUAAAGAAACGACCCCAACCAUCUCCACCACCUCCUCCAAGGAUGGCAACAAGUUUUGAAGACAUCUCCAGCUUACGGCUGUGGAAAGGCAUCAUUGCGGAGUUCGUUGGGACUUUGCUGCUGACUCUGGUCGGCUGUGGCUCUUGUAUCAACCUCCGUGGCAGCGACAACACAACCUCACCCAUAGUCCAGAUCGCCCUGUGCUUCGGGCUGACGGUUGGCACCAUUGUUUGGGCCAUAGCUCAUGUUUCCGGAGGUCACAUCAAUCCCGCGGUAACAGUUGCCAUGCUGGCAGCUAGAAAAAUCAGCCUGGCCAAAGCGGUCUUCUUCAUUCUCUUCCAGCUGGUUGGUGCGGUGGUCGGAGCAGGACUCCUCUUUGGGCUUACGCCGGAAACACACCACGGCGGCCUGGGAACGACAACAGUCAACAAGAAGGUCAAUUUGGGCCAAGCUGUCGGUGUGGAGUUCUUCAUCACGUUCGUGCUGGUGUUUACUGUGUUCGCAUCCUGUGACAGCAAACGGCGAGAUCUGAAUGGGUCUGCACCGCUGGCCAUCGGGUUGUCCGUGACUACAUGCCACUUAUGGGCGAUUGACUAUACGGGCUCCAGCAUGAAUACGGCCAGGAGUUUUGGUCCCGCCCUGGUCAUGGGCGAGUGGGAGGAUCACUGGGUCUACUGGCUAGGGCCUCUGCUUGGAGGCCUGGUAGCAGGACUGUUGUAUGAGCACCUGUUUGCAGUCAAUGCCAGCCUUCUCAAGGCCAAAGCCUGUCUCCUGUCCAGCGACUACGAUGAUGAUAAAUACAAGGCUAAACGAAUUAAG